UCCCGGUUACAGGAAGUACCAAAAUAAAAGCUCGGGGAGCUCGCUGAGUGAUCCGUGAACUGUCAUGUCUUCCUUGCCGUCAUCUCGGUUCCACUCGGUCACUGUCGCGACGCGCCCCACGCUUACCACACAAUGUCGAGGGAUUCAGCUUUGGCUGAAAGUAUUGGAAGGGCCGUUCUGGCAGCUAUACAAGAAAUUAACCCAGCGUCAGCUACAACGGCUGGCGCAGAGCCACAACAGCACUUGGCUGUUCGGAACUACGCUGCUCUUAGAUCAGCCACACCGUCUACCUCCACUUUGACAUCCUACCGCAUGCUAUGCUGUCAUACUGAUUUGACCUAGAUGUCUAUUUGUGUUUUCAACAUGACUUGUGACUCCGGCACUGAUGGUACGGUAUCUUUAACAGCACCAGACUUCACCCCAGUGACCUCUCAGUCAGGUACCUACCAAGGAAGGCAUGAUAUAUCCAGAGAGGAGCUUGAACAUGUUCUUUCCCUGAAAACCACUUUUACUGAAGCAGCAUCUACUCUUGGAAUCUCAAGGCCAACUUUCUAUAAAUUACUACAAGACUACAAUAUUCCAACAUCAAAAUUUGAUCUAAUCAGUGAUCAACCAUUAGAUAUUGAAGUGUCACAAAUCAAAACUGAACACCCAAAUGUUGGUGAAGUGAUGCUCAUGGCGCAUCUGUAUGAAGGGAUUGCAACGAUCUCUCCUGGCAUGACGUCCUGUGCGAGCACAGUCAACACUCUACGCUUUGCCAACAGAGUGAAGGAGUUUGGGAUUAGUCCCUCAGACAUCCCCUUCUCCCAGGGCGGUCAGGGGAGUCGCCCUGAGCACUCGCAUACCAAUACCUUUGAGUUUGAUGACUUUGCUGCUACCUCUCCCUGCAGGUGGAGCACUCCACCAAAACACACACACACACACACACACACACACACACACACACACACACACACACACACACACACACACACACACACGUUGUUAACUAUUUAUCGCUUAAUAUUUUUGUAACUUAAGGAGACAUUUUGCUCAAUUUUAAACCGACGUUAUUCGUUUUAAUCUGAAGAACAGAUUCAGAACCAGCAUUUAUUUUUCUUAAUCUGAGCAGUUUUUCAUCAACACCCGUUUUUCUUGGCUAAGGCCUGAGAACCAUCAUUUUUAAAUCAAGCGGCAUUCAGCUGUGAUCUCCGGAAACCUGCUGGAACAGGUCCAUUUGGGUGGAACCAAUCAACCAACAGCAGGAUGAUGAAACGUGGCGUAAGUGGUUAGCACUUUGCCUUGCAGCAAGAAGAUCCCUGGUUCGAUUCCCGAGGUGGGCCUGGGAUCUUUCUGCAUGGAGUUUGCAUGUUCUCCCUGUACAUGCGUGGGUUUUCUCUGGGUACUCCGGCUUCCUCCCACAGUCCAAAAAUAUGCUGAGGUUAAUUGGUUACUCUAAAUUGUCCGUAGGUGUGAAUGUGAGUGUGAUUGUUUGUCUGUAUAUGUAGCCCUGUGACAGACUGGCGACCUGUCCAGGGUGUCCCCUGCCUUCGCCCGAGUCAGCUGGGAUGGGCUCCAGCACCCCUGCAACCCUAGUGAGGAUGAAGCGGUGUAUAGAGAGUGGAUGGAUGAUGCAUUUUUGUGAUGAAGGCAAAUUAGAUUUUUGGUAAAUAAUUACUUUAUUAAUUACUUUUAUUUGGUAUUUUUACAUGUUAGAACCAAAAUGAUGUGACAUUUUAAUUUUGAGACUAAUGGAAGACAGACAGGACUUCAGCUUCUCUUAAGGAUUUGGAGAGAGCUGUAGAAGAAGUAAAGAAGGGGAAGUUCAUACGUCAGGUGGCAGAUGAAGAUCCACAGAGUGACUUUUCAGCCCGUCAGGUCAUCCAUGAACAAAUGGAGACAGAUCUUACAUGAAAUGAGAUGGAAAAUUUUAAAUUUUACUUCAACAUAAUUGAUGGCACAAUUUACCCCCAACAUGUUUUCUGAAAAGGCUCAACUAACUCCAAGUUUGUUCCCUUUGGAAAGCCAUAUUCCUCAUAUACAAUGACUACACCAGUGUUUCAGCAUUUUACAUGAACCCAAAUUUAUCCACUGUGUGCUUUCUUUACAGUAAAUAUGACCGUUAAAAGUUUAAAUAAUAACUACAUUAUAUAUAUGCUGCUUUGUUUACAUUUGAACGAGGUAGUGCUGCAUUUAAAUCAGGGUGCAGACAGUUCUGCACAGUGUCUUACAGAUUUCAACGAGACAACAGGACUACUUGAAACUAGCAGGACAUCGAGAUUAAACUAAAGAUCAACCUUUCAACAAAAUCCAAAGAACCCAAGAUUUUUGAGACUUCUGGGACAAGAUCAAAAUGAACUUUCAAAGUUCAUCCUCGUCUUCAUCCUCAUCCUCAUCCUCAUCCUCAUCCUCAUCCUCAUCCUCAUCUUCCUCCGAGGGGAGUAUCGCAUGGCAGGGUUUCGAAUGGACAACAGGCUACACGGUGGUGAAAGAACUGAGAGAUGGAGGCUUUGGAAGAGUGCUGGACUGUGUGAAAAACAACACCGAAGAGCACGUGGCUAUAAAGAUGCCCACAUGGAACAAUCUAGACCAUGAGGCAGAAAUCCUGAAAAAGCUCAUGAGCCACAAUUCAAAGGAGUCCAACAUCAUCGAAUACAAAGGAGACGUCUUCUUCGAAGAUACGCGGCUCCUGGUGCUUGAGAAACUGGACAUCGACCUGUGGGACUACGUGGAGAAUUUCGCACAGCCAAUGCGAAUGGAACACGUCCGUACAGUUAUUCAGCAGAUGGCUGUUGCUUUGAAUGCAACAAAGAGUGCUGGCAUAAUCCACUGUGAUGUGAAGGAGGAUAACAUCAUGAUGGUGGAUCAUGUGAAGCAGCCCUUCAAAGUCAAGCUGAUUGACUUUGGUUUGGCCAAGUACAGAUCCCAAGCCGAAGCAGGAGAGCUAUUCCAAGUACUUGAAUAUAGAGCUCCAGAAAUCACCCUGGGCCUGCCGUAUUCGGAGGCCAUCGACGUUUGGUCCUUAGGCUGCGUGAUGGCCUGGAUGAUGACUGAAGAUAGUCUCUUCGGAUCAGGCUCAGACUCGGAAUACUUUACACUCCGACGCAUGAUCCGUCUGCUGGGUCUGCCGCCGCAACAUCUCAUCGAUGCUGGCCUGAGAUCACAAUUAUUCUUUCAGAAAAAGCCUAAUGGUUUGUGGCGGCUGAAGACACCUCGAGAGUAUUUUGAGACCGAUAUCGUCCACUCCGACCCCGCGGUUUACAAGUUGGACUCUCUGGAUGAAAUGAAAACGGUGUCCUCUGAGACGGACAACCCAGCAGAGGCUGAUGAGAGGAGGGAGUGCAUGGAGCUGCUGAAGGCGAUGCUUCAGUGGGAUGAGGACGACAGAAUCACCCCCAGUGGUAUCCUCAACCAUCCUUUCAUCACCAAAAACUACCUCAACAGCAGCUCCCCCACCAGGAGUUGCGAUGAACCGAAACCCUCCAGCAGCAAGUUCAUCAUGGUUAAGCCUGCAGACCCAGAAAACAGAAUUAACCUGACAGGCUUGCCCGAUGAGGACGAUGACCUUAAGAGCAGUGAGCACGAGGACAGUGAUGAUGCUGACACUGCCGAAGACACAGAGGACAGCAAGGAUGGUUAUGAUGAGGAAGACACUGAAGUCAAUGAGAAGGAGCAGAGAAAGACGAAGAAGAACUGCUUCCAACGUGUCUUCUCUUGGAUUAAGAAGAAGUUCUGCUGCUGCUGUGUGUCCGAUGUGAUGAACUGAGCAGCAGUGAUGGACUGCAUUAACAUUUCGGACUCACAGUUCCUGACCUCAGAAUCCUUCGCUGGCUUUAUUGUUCUCUUGUGUUUUGAUCUCAUGACUUUUCUGUAUCCCGUUCUCAGUCUUCUUUCCCCUCACCCCAACCGGUCGAGGCAGAUGGCCGCUCUGUCUGAGCCUGGUUCUGCCGGAGGGUUCUUCCUGAAAAAGGGAGUUUUACCUCCCCACUGUCGCCAAGUGCUUGCUCAGACAGGGAAUCCAAAGGAAAUUUUGGAUUUGUUGGGUUUCUCUCUAUAAUUUUGUCUUUACUUUUGUCUUGAGAUCACACAUUUGAACUUGUAAAUAAAAUGGAUUGAAAAUGAAUUGAAAGGUUCACCCAAAAAGUGUCUGGAUUUUGGUCACAUGGUUGUUGCUCAAAACUGCCCUGAGUCAGUCAUGGCUUCUCAGUUGCCGUGCAGAGCAGAGAAUCUUUGGGUUUCUUUUUUACAAAUACCAUCGUUAUUUUUGGUGAAUUUUUAAAUUUGACAUUUUAAAUAAAGUGACGACAAUGAAAUCUGACAA